CUGCUGUACGACCCGCCUCUCUUUGUUGGCUGGACCAAUAGCAACCCGACCUCAGUGUUGGUGAACUGGGGGACAGAGGCUAGCGCCCUCAUCUUGAUUAAAUCAUGUAAAGCAGAAACUGAACGUGUUUGGGUAAAGAUAAAGAUGACAAAGAAGGUGACGACUCCGAGGAGUUAGCUGAUACAUCGGCGGCUCAAAGGCAGCUGCCCCAAAACGAGGCUCUUUCAUCGGACUGCUGUAUUGGGAGGCGACGGCUCGCUGCUGUAUUUUGACACCGGGAGUACAACAACAAGACGAUGUCACCAUUUUCCGGUAGAUGUUUUGCUACAGAAUAAAAGCUUCAACCUUCUUGGUUUUCGCCAAGACAUCGUGAUCGUCCCUUCUUAGUUUACUCGGACCUGACAAUAAAACAGUAAACAAACUGUCCCGACUUUAUUUCCAUUAAUUUGAAUCGUUUUACAGUCUUUGAAAUAAGGCCAUGCUUUUAUUUUCACGGGGAACAUUUAAUUUUCCGGUGCAAGUAUCCAUUGCUUUCGUCCAACUUGACAGUGGCAGACAGAGAAGAGGUGAAGUUCUAAAGGCUUGAACCAAAAACUGGGUUCUCCGGCCCGAGGUGGCCACCGACGCUGUGUUAUGAAUGAGACUUCCCGGCUCUCUCCGUCUCUUCUCCGGCACCGACGCCGCUUGAAGUGGAUCUUCUGUGGCUUCUGUCCGUCGCUGGAAACAUGCAGGUUUGUUGUCAAAGGUCCGACGACCAGAGGAAGAGAGGUUGUUGUAGCUAAACCUCCCUCUGGUACCGAUGACUGGACCCACCUCCCCCAGCCGCACUGGCAGCUCCACGGCCAAACUGAGCAGACAUGGCCGGUCCAAGAGCACCAGCGCCCACUGCCUCCUCCGCUGCAGCACCCAGGACGAUGCCUCACCCCUGAAUAACAGCCCCCGCCCCCCAGGGGAGGAGGAGGAGAAGGACGGAGGAGUUCUGUUCUACGUCAACCGUGGAGGUUUCCCCAUUGAGAGCAUCACCUGGGAGAGGAUGUGGUCCCACGUAGCAGCCGUCCAUCCAGAGGGUCAGGAGAUGGUGGACAGGAUACGAAACACCGCGUACCUGCCCAGGCAUCCCGUUCCUUCUGUCCCCACCUUCAGACCGUCCAUGUCCGUCCCUGAUUGGCUGGUGGCCGUCCAGAACUACAUGAAGGCUCUGCAAUACAACCACACAGGAACUCAGUUUUUUGAAAUCAGGAAGAGUCGUCCUCUGUGUGGGUGAGUGAGGGGUGUGGGGGAGGUGAUCAGGGAGUCUCUGCCCAUCAAAUGUCUGGAGGCUGUGAUCCUGGGAAUAUACCUGACCAAUGGCCUGACGUCUCUGGAGCGUUUCUCCAUCAGCUUUAAGACUCAGUUUUCAGGCCACUGCUUCCACCAUGUGGUGCUGGGCGUCUACUGCAACGGCCGCUACGGUUCUCUGGGCAUGAGCCGCCGCCAGGACCUGAUGGACAAACCACUGAGCCACCGCACGCUGGGGGAACUGGUGGCAGAGUUUGAGAGCUCCUACAAGAGAUACCAGCACACACUGAAGAAGGUGAAGAUCGGCCUGUACGUGCCCCACGACCCACAUGUUUUCCAGCCAAUCGAGUGGAAGCAUUUGGUGCUGAACGCCACCAGACUGGGAGCUCAGGAGAUGAAGAAGGAGCUGGAGAAACACGGGCGAGACAUGAGGAUGAAGAUCCUGAAAUCGUCCAGCGCACAGUCACCAAUCAAAGAGCGGAGUCGAGGAAAAUCCUUAUCACCACGGCGACGACAGAGCAGUCCACAGAGACGCUUCCCUCAGCGCAGAGACAAAUCACCUGCUGCUGUGGACAGGAGACCUGCCGAGCUCAGCACUCUCAACGACGGCUACCAGAUCCGCAUCUGACCCGUGGAUCUAACACCGGACUCCCUGACCCGACAGGAGCCGAGACCUGGCUUUGUUGUCCAUGUUGUCCAGUUCUUAUCUGGCCCAGACGUCGUCCUUUCACCACGACCUCCUGACAAACACCGACGUCCAACCAGAGACAAAUGAGUUCUGAAGAACCAGCGUUCCAGUCUCCGCCAAAUGACAUCACCAUCACUUCAUCAUCACACAGUGACAUCAUCACAGUGACAUCAUCACUCUGUGACAUCAUCACACAGUGACAUCAUCACACAGUGACGUCAUCACUCUGUGACAUCAUCACUCUGUGACUUGUUCCUGCAGCUGCUUUAGAGAAAAGUACAAACAGAGAUUUUUUUGUUUUUUAAUUUAAAUAGGUGCUAACGUCGAUGGACUCAGAGUUUCAGUAUUUGUCGGACCGGGGACCUUCAGACUCGGGUCCAGGUCCAGGUCCAGGUCCAGGUCCAGGUCAGUGGUGGACCACCACUCAUAUAAAGGGUGGUGUUUUUUAAAGGUUAAUUAAUGAAUCACAACAUUUCACAUUUUUUCAAACCAAAUAUCAAUUUCUUCUUCUUGUUUGACAAAAACAUCCAACGCUCAAACAGAAACACAGUAAAAUAAUAUCAUAGAUAAGAAUAAAAACAAUUAGAUUAAAAUAAUGUUCACAAAAACCACAAAUAUCCAGAACUAAGUGUCAACUUCACAGAGGUUUAAAUACGUAUCAUUAUAUUUCUGUUCUUAAAAGGUCAGCAGUCAGAUUAUUACUGAUAUUUAAUUUGAUUAAGUAUUGGUUUCUCCAGCAGGUGGCGCCCUUGGUGACGCAUAGGUUGUCCACCCUCUCUGGGUGUUAAAGUUCAAGAACAGUAAAUAGUCAUUUUUUAUUUUAUUAUCGGCUGAAGGACGAUGACAACGACGACGAAGAAGCACAAAGCUUCCUUCAGUGAACUGUUCUCUGAUGUUCUAGGUUUUCUUGUUUUGUCUUGAAGGAACCACAGCUGUUCCUGGAAGAUGACGGACUUAAAGUUUCCACUUUGUUUGUUUUUUUAACUUGACAACAAAGAUGAGGACAAACUUCAGAGGUCAGUGAAGGUCAACGGUAGCAACUGACCAGUGUUUCUACUCCAGCGCCGUACGUCUGUGCCUGAUCGCUGACGUUCUGGAAUGUUUUUGACAAAUUGUUUCUUGUGUUGAUUGUAAUUUUUUUAUAUAAGGAAAUGAGUGUUUUUUUUGUUUUGUUUUUUUUUUUGCUGUUUCCACAGCAGCAGAAAUCCUGCGAUUCUACGUCAACUUGGAGUUCUCCGUCGACCUCAAACAAAUUUAGCAUUUCUACAAAGGGGUCUUUUUUUUUGGCUGCUUUAUGUUGUUUAAAAAACAAAGUCACGAGUGUUAAGCAACAACAGAAAGAGAACCAUGAGAAACGAUUGGUCGACUGUAGCUACAGCAUGUAGCCACACGACAGCUAAAACAAAACAGCAAACGGUUGCAAACAUUUUAUUAUUGUGAUUAAUGUUAUUAUUGUUCAUGAUGUUAUUGGGAUCGGUGUAUUUAUGAGUGCUGUCGAGUGUUUGAUCUUUUUCCUACGAAAUGUGAGCAAAAAGGUGUGAUUUUCAAUUCCUGUGGAAGAUGUGGCGCCCCCUGCUGUCACAAUGUCAGCUAGUUUUGAUCUGCACCACAUGGUAUUUUAAUAAAUGAUCUACGUUUUCAUUUCGGACUCGGUUAGUUAUUCAUGGCGUCGGUAACAUGAAAUUCAACCGGACGCUGUUGUAAAAGCUGGUGGAGGCAUUUCCCCAGGUGGCCUGGGUGGCGCUGUGGGCAGAGAGUGUGGUUGAAGGACGUCUCAUUCAUCAGUUCAGCUGCUGGUGGUGAAGACGACACCGUUUUUAUUUUUUUGUUCACAAUGUGAUUUUAACAAAAUAAAAGUUUUAAAGA